CGCAGAACCACUGAACGGCUGGACCAGAACGGCAGAAGCCAUUUAGCCAAUUCCAAGCCGGAAAUCAAAACUAGUUGAUGUUGCUUAUCUUGGGACUCACAAAUUCUUUGUCAGUGGCUCUUCAAAAGAAAGAUCAAGACAUAUUGAAUGUUGUUUCACUUGUGAAAACAACAAAGCAAUAAUUGCUUAAGGUAAGAGCUGAUGGAUGGGAUUCACAUUUGAGGAAGAUCUUAGAAUUUUGUGAGAAGCAUGAAAUUUCUGUGCUUAAUAUGGAUGAGGACUUUGUUAACCCAAGGAGGCCACGUCAAAGAACUAAUAUCACUAAUCGGCAUCAUUAUGAGUAUGAAUGUUUUAAUACCAUAAUGGAUUUGCAAAUUAGUGAAUUUGAUGACCGUUUCAAUGAGGUAAAUUCUGAGCUACUUCUUUGCAUGGCCUCUUUGAGUCCGAUUGAUUCCUUCCGUGAGUUUGAUGCUUCAAAGUUGUUGAGAUUGGCUGAAUUUUAUCCAAGUGACUUCAGUUAUGUGGAACGCAGAACUCUUGAGCAUCAAGUCAGUAUUUACAUUGACAAUGUGUUAGCGGAUGAAAGGUUUGCUAGAUUGAAAAGUCUUGGUGAUCUUGCUCGAGUGAUGGUGGAUACAAGGAAACAUCUUUCACAUCCUUUGGUGUAUAAGCUUUUAAAGUUAGCAUUGACUUUGCCAGUUGCCA